AUGGAGACAGAGGGCAGUCGUCAGGAGGAACCCGCCAAGAGGCAGCUGCCGGGGCGGGCGGCGGUGGGAAGCUCUCUUCCCAGGCUCACCGAGAUUCCCGACGACGAAGAAGGAUUGAAAGACGAGGUGGAGGACGACGACGACGAUGACGAGGACUUCGGGAUGGAAGAAACCCGCCCCGCCGGCAGAGGAAGGAAGGGCGCCGGAGCAGGGAAAAAGCCAACAGCUCAGACCACUAAGGCCCCCACCGCCGCCGCGACAGCGGCGAGGAGAGGCCGACCGCCGGGCGGCAACAAGCUCAUCACCGACGUCCUGAAGCCGGCGGAAAAUGCCAAGGCGUCCCCCGAGAAGAAGGUGAGGAAGAUUCGGCCGUCCCCAUUCAACAAAAAGAGCGGCUCGAUCCUGGAGAGGACAUCUGGCACCAACUCUGCAAGUGAGGAUAGCGGAGCCUCACCGAGCAGCAGCCCAGAGGAGGCGCCGCCGGCCAGGGCCCGGCCGCAGAGGGCGAACCGGGCGCCGACGAAGAAGUACGUGGUCAUCUCCGAGUCCGAGAGCGAGGAGGAUCACGCCGACGACGACUCAGACUUCCACGAAAACGACGACUGA